AUAAUCUAUAUUGCCUGUUAUCCCAAGGUGUAUGAAACAAUCAUUUUCAAGAUGCACGGAAUAUCACGUGUUGCAUCGACACCAGGAACAAGUUCAAGAGUGUUUAAUAGAGAACAUAGACGCAGCCCCUCACAACAUAUUUUUCCAAGUUGUGCUCGUACCUUUUUGGACAAUGACCCUGCCUAUGAGUGUUGUUCCACAAAUCCUCUGACAGGCUCCCUUUCCACAUGUCGCCGCAGCCCUCGGCUGCUUUCCAAUGGGUAUUACGUUUCGACAGAAGACAGUUUUCUGUCUGACGAAGAGGGCAACGUAACACUGACACCAUCCCAGACAAGUGUUACAUAUAAAGAGAAUUUAGUUCGUGUAUUCAGGCGAAGGAAGAAAAUCCGUCGCUCUCUUGCCAGUUUGUUCAAUCUUGGUGUCUCCAGUUCAUGGCUCAGCAGCACCGUCCUCAGCAAUAUGGAUUCCUCCCAUAUAGAUGAUUCUUGGCCUGAUGGAUGCAAUAAACUAGAAGCCAGUCAGAGUGAUGUUGGUGAUUCAGACUUUUCUUCUGAAUAUAAUAGCUAUGUGCCACAAAGGCAAACUCCAGCAUCCAAUGGAGCCCCUCUCGCCAAGGAUGAGGAGUCCCUUCAGCCUGGGAAACUAUUUUGUGCUUCACAAUCCUACUCUUCAAUUAUGAUAAAUGCAAAUGAAGAGACUUUGAGCAAUGCAGAAUUCAGGACAGUGCAAAACGCUCUUUCUCAGAUGGUCGCACUGAUCGUGUGUUUAAUCAUGUCAGUAUGUACAAGAUAUUUUCUGGGAGGAUUUUCUGCCACUUUGUUGCUGAUAAUUUUAGUUUUUCUUUUGUUCCAAGAUGCUGCUGUGUCAUCUUUCUUCAGUCUUGACACAUCUUUCAAAACAACUAAGUUUUG